AUGGAGUCCAGGGAACCAAACUCAGCAUCAGCCGCCAGACAUAUGUCUCACAAUCCACAGCUUGGGUACAAUCUACUGUCACAAGGUGAUGAAAUGGACUUCUCAAAUGUCAUAUUUUCCGAGUUUGACCCUAGCUACCAUCAGCCACCAGCCAUGAUCGAUGCCGUGAAUAGCUCCGGCACAGAUGAAACGCUGUCAGAUCUAGAUCUGACUAUGAGUAGCCUGAAAGCCAAGCCUCCAGGCUCUGCCUUCAACCCACCGUUUGAGCCAACCGCUCCAUUCAUCGGACUUGAGCAACAGUACGUAAUUUGCUAUCAUAAACAGCAUAAACAAGAGCCAGUCUAA